AGGAAACAGUAACUUCUGAGAAAUAGAAACUGCAGGGGGAAGGGGAGGCCCACUGAGCGCCCUCCCAGCAUCCGGACCCCACUGCCGGUCGAGGCUGCGCCAUGAGCCACACUUCCCCAGCCUUCACUCACACCUGCUUCUCCCAAAGCCAGGACAUGAUCAAAGAGGAGCACGAGGUGUCCAUGCUGGGGCCACCCCAAACCUCCACUGCCGUGACGUCCACCGUGGUCAACAUCCACAACGAGACCACGGUGCCCGACCACGUGGUCUGGUCCCUGUUCAACACCCUCUUCAUGAACUGGUUCUGCCUGGGCUUCAUCGCGUUCGCCUACUCCGUGAAGUCUAGGGACAGGAAGAUGGUGGGCGACGUGAUCGGGGCCCAGGCCUUCGCCUCCAUCGCCAAGUGCCUGAACAUCAGCGCUCUGACCAUCCAGCUCCUCGUUGUCCUCGCGGUUAUCAUCCUUGUGAUUGUUAUUUUCACUGCUGCUCGCACGAGGUUAUUAAUCUGAGCCCUGUCGGAGACGAAGAUGUACCCUGAAGUCCAACAGCAGCUGCCCUGGAAUGAGGCCCCGUCCCCGCCAUCCCCUCCCGCCUGUGCCUGCUGUGGUCCCCUCCCCUUCACAGAGCAGUUGGUACUCACAUGUCUGCCUCUGAUGGGGUUCAAUAAAGUGCACGUGUGGGUAA